UAAUAUUUGUAUUGCUUUUAUUUUAUUGUAAAAUAGGAAAUGGAACAGAAUUAUAAAAAAAACCUUGAACAAUUCUAUGAAGUCAAAGAAGAACUCGGAAGAGGACACUUUGCAGUCGUAAAAAAAUGCGUUUCAAAGGAAAACAAUCGGGAGGUCGCGGCCAAGUUCAUAAAACUAAAGCGAUCAAAAGCCAGUAAAAUUGGAAUGAGUAAAGAGCUUAUAGAACGAGAGUCAAAUAUACUGUUUGCCAUUGACCAUGCUAAAAUUAUUAAGCUUUACGAUAUUUUUGAUAUUGGAUCCGAAAUGGUACUUGUUUUGGAGCUGUUAACAGGUGGAGAGUUGUUUGAUAAGAUAUGUGAAAGUGAAUAUAUGAAAGAAAGUGAUGCCUGCUCUUACAUGAUACAAGUUUUAGAAGCUGUUCAACACAUUCAUAGUUUCAAUAUAGUUCAUUUAGAUAUUAAGCCUGAAAACAUAGUGCUACAAUCUAAAAAUUCAUCAGAAAUCAAGUUGGUUGAUUUUGGAUUAGCUCAGAGAUUGGUUCCAGGUAAAGAUGUGAGAGAAAUAAUGGGAACUGCAGAGUUUGUUGCUCCAGAAAUUGUGAACUAUGAACCAAUUGGAUGCUAUACAGAUAUGUGGGCAAUUGGUGUUUUAGCAUAUAUUUUGGUGAGUGGUACUUCUCCUUUCCUUGGUGAUACAAACGAAGAAACAUUAGAAGCUAUUGGUAGAGUUGAUUAUGAGUUUGAUGACGAAUCCUUUGGUCAUAUAUCAAAUUAUGCUUUGGAGUUUAUUUCAAAUUUACUGAUUAAACAACCAAAAAAGAGAUUGACAGCUGAAGGUUGCCUAAAACAUGACUGGCUUAUACAUAUGCAGACACCACAAGAUCACUCUAACUCAGCAGUUAUUGCAACUUCAAAACUAAAAGAUUAUUUGGCUAAAAGAAGAUGGAUGAAAUCAUUCCAAAAACUAAGUGCAAUAAGAAAGUUUUCACAGAUUACAGACGUUUUAUCAAAUCAGGUCGAUAAUACAGAAAGCAUUAAGAUCCAGAGCCUUCAAGUAGAAGAAAACAGCCUUCAAGAAGAAGACAACAGCCAACUAUCUACUCCAGUUGAAGUUCUUUAAGCUGAUUCAUUUUGAUUUGAUCAAACAACCAUUUCUUUAGAGAGCAACAAAGAGCACAAAGAGUUGCAAACAAAAAGUUUAUAAGUUUGAUAAGUUAAAUAUAAACUCGCUGAUUUCAAAA